CUAUGUGGACGCGGCCGCGGCCGCGAGCCGGAGCCAGAGUCCAGGCUAAUCCCAGCCGGCCGGCCCAGCCUGCGCUCCCCGGGCUGCGAGGAAGCGAUGCCCGCGCCUGCUAGUCCGAGGUGAAGGCAGCCCGGCUUGCCUGGCCGCGCAGAGGCCGUCCUGUUCCGCCGGGGAGGCCAUGCGCUAGGAGCAAACAUGUAUGGGAAUUACUCGCACUUCAUGAAGUUUCCCGCUGGCUUCGGCGGCUCCCCCGGCCACACUGGCUCCACGUCUGCAGCCUUGUCUACAGGGAAGCCGAUGGACAGCCAUGCCAGCUACACGGACACCCCCGUGAGUGCCCCAAGGACCCUGAGUGCGGUGGGGCCCCCGCUCAACGCGCUGGGCUCUCCGUAUCGAGUCAUCACGUCCACCAUGGGGCCUCCGUCAGGCGCGCUUGCAGCCCCCCCAGGCAUCAAUCUGGUCGCCCCACCUAGCUCACAGCUAAAUGUCGUCAGCAGCGUCAGCAGCUCAGAGGACGUCAAGCCCUUACCAGGGCUCCCCGGGAUUGGAAGCAUGAACUACCCCUCCACCAGCCCCGGGUCACUGGUCAAGCACGUCUGUGCCAUCUGUGGGGACCGGUCCUCAGGGAAGCACUACGGGGUGUACAGCUGCGAGGGCUGCAAAGGGUUCUUCAAGAGGACCAUCCGGAAAGACCUCGUCUACACGUGCCGGGACAGCAAGGACUGUCUCAUCGACAAGCGCCAGCGAAACCGCUGCCAGUACUGUCGCUACCAGAAGUGCCUGGUCAUGGGCAUGAAGCGGGAAGCCGUCCAAGAAGAAAGGCAGAGGAGCCGGGAGCGAGCCGACAGUGAGGUGGAAUGUACCAGCGGCGGCCACGAGGACAUGCCCGUGGAGAGGAUUCUGGAAGCCGAGCUUGCUGUGGAGCCAAAGACAGAAUCCUACGGUGACAUGAACAUGGAGAACUCGACCAACGACCCUGUCACCAACAUCUGUCACGCCGCGGAUAAGCAGCUGUUCACACUGGUUGAAUGGGCCAAGCGCAUCCCCCACUUCUCUGGCCUCACCUUGGAGGACCAGGUCAUUCUGCUGCGUGCAGGCUGGAACGAGCUGCUGAUCGCCUCUUUCUCCCACCGUUCGGUGUCCGUGCAGGACGGCAUCCUCCUGGCCACGGGCUUGCACGUCCACCGGAGCAGCGCGCACAGUGCCGGGGUCGGCUCCAUCUUUGACAGAGUUCUCACCGAGCUGGUUUCUAAGAUGAAAGACAUGCAGAUGGACAAGUCGGAGCUGGGGUGCCUGCGAGCCAUCGUCCUGUUCAACCCAGAUGCCAAAGGUCUGUCCAACCCCUCCGAGGUGGAGACUCUGCGGGAGAAGGUUUACGCCACCCUGGAGGCCUACACCAAGCAGAAGUACCCUGAACAGCCAGGCAGGUUCGCCAAGCUGCUGCUCCGCCUCCCGGCCCUGCGCUCCAUCGGCCUGAAGUGCCUGGAGCACCUCUUCUUCUUCAAGCUCAUCGGGGACACCCCCAUCGACACCUUCCUCAUGGAGAUGUUGGAGACCCCACUGCAGGUCACCUGAGCCCCCAGGAUCACCCCUGGGCAGGUGUGUGUGGCCCCGCCCCCGCACACUCCCCGCGCCCGUUCCCCAAAUGUGAUGCUUGUAAUAGAGAACCCCUUUGUACACAUGAGGCUUUAUAGGCGGAGUUUUGUAGAGAUGUUAGAGGCAGUCCUUUGCUAUCCAAGGGGCUGGGGGGCUUUCUGGGCGUUCCUGGGAGAACUAACCAAGUCUCUGUACAUAUAACUGGUUUAAAUUAUUUUUUCACUUGCCAUGGAGCGCAAACGGAGAAUAAAACAAUGUACGUGAU